AUGUUAUUUAAAUUAAUAAAGUUACUAUUAUUUUUUAUUUUAGCUAUAAUAGUAUUUAAAAUUGAAAAUACAGACAGUAUUACAAAUACAAUAAAUUAUAAAUAUCACCAACAUAGUAAUAAUACAUAUAGUAAUACAAAAAAUAAAAUGAAAUCAUGGAGAAAUAUGGCAAUUGAUUUAAUAAAGGAAGAACAAGCAAGAGAAGAUUAUAGAAAUAAUAAUUUUACAAUUAUAGACGGUAGUAAUAAAAAUGAUUCAUCUCAACAACAACAACAACAACAACAAGCAAUUGUAGAAGCACCAUUAUAUACUAAAUUAAAGAGACAAUAUAGCAGAUAUUAUAGAUUUAAAGUGAAGGAUACAAUUAAUCAUCAAUAUUUAAUGAACUAUUUCAUUCAAACUGAAUUUGAUAAAGAUACAAUGGAUUUUAUAAUGGAAACACCAAGAUGGAAUUUCGUUUCAAAUGCUGCAAAUUGGAUAAUGUCAUGGAUGUAUACAAAAACUGAUAUUAUGGGAUUCAUUGGUAAAGGUAAUAUGAUGUGUCUUUCAACUUAUCAAUAUAAACAAAUUCUAAAAAUAAAUAGAACUUUGCCAACUAUAAAAUUUGAUGAAGAAGACGACAAUGACCAAGAUCCACUUAAAGUUUACUAUGAAUCAUUAUUAGAUAUUGGUGCUGGGUGUGGUUCAACAACAUUAUCAAUGAAACCAUUAUUUAAAAAUGUAACUGCAACAGAAGCUUCAAAAGGUAUGAUCUAUAGUUUAAAUAAAAAAGGUAUUGAUUCCGUAUUUUGUUUAGAUUUAGAAACUUGUGAUCAAUUAAAAAAUAAACAAUAUGAUAUAGUAUCUUGUUUAAAUGUUUUAGAUAGAUGUGAAAAACCAAUUAGUUUAUUAAACACAAUUAAGAAAUUUUUAAAACCAAAUGGUAAAUUAAUAUUAGCAGUAGUAUUUCCAUUUAAUCCUUAUGUUGAAUUUGGUGGUAUUGAUAAUUCACCAAUUGAAACAAUAAAUUUAGAUCAAGAAACAUUGUCAGAAUAUGUUGACUCUUUUAACAAACAAGUUUUCAUUCCAAAUAAUUUCGAAAUUGACUCAUUCACUGUGGGACCUUAUAUUUCAGAAGGUGAUGCACUUUAUCAAAACUAUGUUUUAACUGAUGUUAUUUUUGUUUUAAAAGUUAAAAAUGAAGAUCACUCAAAUAAUAAAAUUUCAAAUGAUUUAAUGUCUUGUGAUUAA